AAGAGAGUCAAAUAGUCACAGUUUUGAUUCCUCCAUAGAAAACUUACCUUCCCGAAACCUCAGCAGCAUUCUUGAGGGGGUACUUUUCUUGCAUGAUUGGAAUCUAUUAAACUGCAAUAAGGGAACAACUUCAGAAUUUCAGUCCGAUUUCAAAAUCAAGAAAGGUAUGGAUCUUCACAGAAACCGCUCUUGUAGUGUUUAGGAACAUUCAAGUUUAACAGAUUUGGACAAUUUAGAAAGUCCUUAAGUUACCAGAAGAUGACUCGAAGAAAGAGAAGAAGUAGUAGAAAAAGAAAAUGUUCCAAUUCCAAACAGAGCGUCAAUUUGCCAAUCCAGCCUGAUUGUCUGAACACCACAACUGAAAAGUUUGAAGAUGAAAAAUUCAUAAAAAAUAAAGCUGCUCUACCGGAAGAAGGAGUAACACAGUCAUCUGAGGAAAGCAGCGACGCUGAUAGCAGAGAAAAUCGUCAUGGUGCAUUCAAAUCUGAAAAACAACCAAAUGCAUCAGAUUACAAAGUAAACACAGCAAAGAACAAUAUCAUCUUUAAGGCAUUGAUUAAACCAGCUUCAACUGAAAUAAUAACAGUCACAAUACAACAUUCACAGGUAGAUCCUGAAAUAAGAGAGGCAAGCACAAUUAAUCUGCAACAUCAACAACCUCCAAAAAAAUGCAAUGCUGAUAAGAUAGAGCAGGAGCCUUCUGCCAAUGUGAAAUGCAUUUUAUCAAGUAUUGAAAUGGAAAUCGAAAAUAUUUCACUUUCUGGUGGUGGAGCAACUUUGGUGAUAGGGAAUGAUGAAAGUGUGCUAGACGAAGAUGAAUGGCCAGUGCAUCAAAAACAUGAGUCACUGUUAUUUUGUUCUGCAACUUUAAACAAUGAAAUUCACGUCAUUGACCAACAAACUGACAGAAAUUCUUCGUUAAAAUUUAAUGUAGCAAAAAAUAACACAGACCUGAAGCUAUCUGGGAACAAGAACUUCAGCUACAGGGAUAAUAUUUCAAUUUAUAAACAAGACGGUUAUAAAAAUUUCAUAUAUGAAAAAGAAUAUAACAAUGAUAAAAUCUUGCAUUCCAAUAGUUACCCAGCAUCAAAAGGAUCUUGCAGCUCAUUCACACAGUCAGAUUUCAGUUUUAAAUCUGAAGGGUACACCUCCAGUCAAGGUCUAUACAAAGACUGUUUUUCGAAUAUUCCACCUCCCAAGGAGUUUGCAGAUGACUGGAAGGAUAUGGAACCAUUCACUAGGAAACCAGGAGCCAUGAAUUUAGUCCAGGAGAAUUAUGGAAGUGAAACUGAUAGCUUACCUAUUACAUCAGAAUGGUCUGAGAGACAUCAUUAUGUAGACCAAGAUAAAUUGGUGGAAAAUUCACUCCCAGGUUCAGGAUCCAAAUGCUCCUUUAAAGAUAGUAGACAAGAUUGGACCAUGAGUACUUGUACAAGUUUAUCUGAAUGUGACCACAGAUACCAAACAUCGGAGAAGUGCUUGGCACUAUUACGAACAAGUUCUACAAUGAAUUAUUUUGGAAAAGAUAAAACAAAUUUCUGGAAAAAUAGUAUUGACAAUAUAAAAAGUAUAUUAACUCAAAGUAACUAUCAGAAGCGAGAUCUUGCAAGGAGGAAAACAUACCCGGAUAUAGAUGCUAUUGAUGUUGCUUUCCAGAUGGAAUGGAAGGAAAUUCCAAAUCUACUGUACCAAGGACAGCAGCGUUCUUCACUUACACCUCUUCCCCCUUUCUUUAUACAGACACUUCCCAGGAAACAAGGGAAACCAGAGAGAGUUUCUGUUGAAGAUAUUAAGAGUUAUAUGUGUUUUAAGGAAUGCAGCACUCAGGAUAGAGGAAAUCAGAAGGAUACCCAUGACUGGAGUAGAAUCAAUCACUGGUCUUCAUCGGGCACAUUGAGUGUCAUGAAAUCACCGGAAAUAAGUCCUCUUGUGCUUACAGGUGACAGUCGGGCUUCAUUUAGAUUUGAUUCCAAAGAAAGCAUUGAUGACUUUUUCAGUCUGAAUCCAAGUUCUGAAUUAGAAUUUAUUGACAAUAGUGACAUUUUCAGGACAGAUUUGUGCUCACAUGCAUUCCCUGAGCAGAGAUUGAAAGCUCUUGCUAAUAGGGACAUUGAAUCAUGGCAAAAUGAAGAUCCACAGGAGCAGGGUGAUUUUACAGAAAGUGGUUUUGAUGAAGAGGCUUUAGAUAGUGACUAUCCUAAUGAGUUAUCUGAGGGUACUAUGUUAACAACUAAACAAUUUCAGAUUCAAAUGAUUUCAUCUUCACCAAACUCAACAAGUGAAUAUUUAACUAAGGAAAAUCAGGCAGGUAAUUCAACAUCAGAAUGUGCAGAUGCUUUGGAUACUGUUUCUGAAUUGGAUGCUAAUGUCACAAAAAAGACAACAGGUAAUAGCACUGAAUUCAAGAAGAGAAGACAAUCAGUGACUAUAUUACAGACAGGGAUUUUUGAUCAAAGAUUAAUUAUUCAAAAUAAUAGCACUUCCCAUGAUGCGGCUGAUGUUUCACAACAAUUCUAUGCACUUAAGGAAUGUAAUGAGAAGGAUACAACAGCCAGUGAAUCAAAUUUUGCAGAAACAGCUAACCAUGAACCAGAUAACGUCUCUGCAGACUGUGUGGGAGACGAUCGUACUUCUCCCGCAACUAAAUGUUUGUCCCAGGCUUCCUUUACCACAAUUUUGGAUAUUCUGCAAAGAAACAAUGAAAAUGCAGAUUCUUCAACUUGCAGAGAGGAGAACAACAAAUACUUCCAUGACAAGCCAAAUAACAGUAAUUUUCCCACCAAACAGGAAGGCCACCAACAUAAUUACACAGAAUAUUUUUUUGAACAAAAUGACAACAACCGGAAUCACAUGGAAGAAAAGGAAACAGUGGACAAAGUGACAGAUAGUGAAUAUAAUUCUUUACAAUUCAGGGCAGAGACAGCCAACUAUACAACUGAGGAUACAGAACUGCCAGACUUUUCAUUUUCCUGUGAAAGUCAGAAAGGAGUGGAACCAAAUUGCCAGAAGACUGCAUUCACAGAAAAAAAGUGGCAGCAAGAUCUAAAGGCUGAAGCAAGUUGUCAUCUGCAGUUGCCAACUGAUCCUGUGCAAAAUGAUGGAAAAGCUAUUGAAAAUUGCCAGGCAAUUGCUUCAGCAGAGGAAGGAUCUGAUCACUGGGCAAAGAGACGGAAACAGUUUAAGGAGAGCAAGCAUUGCAAUUCAGCUGGGGGAAGUCCAGUUACCAGCAAUCAGGAAUCAGUCAACUCAGAGGAGACACGAUCUGUGGAUCUGGCACAAGUCCGGACUGAGAGUGAGCAAAGAGGAAUUUACACUGAAACUUUUAAUGCUACUUCCUGGAUCUUCAGAGGAGAUGAGAGUAACUCUGACAAUAAUCCCCAUUGCCUUGGAAAGAGGACUCGACCUCCUGCAAUUCGGGAACGGACAGUGAAGAUUGCCAAAGGAACUGGCGACUAUCCCUGGGGAUUUAGGAUUCAAUUCUCGAAACCCAUUCUAGUGACAGAAGUAGACACAAAUGGUGCAGCUGAAGAAGCUGGACUUCAGAUUGGUGACAUCGUAUUGGCUGUUAACGGCACAGAUGUGACCAGCAUACCUCACUCUGAGGCAGCCACCCUUGCUCGUCAAGGUCCGGACAUUUUAACCCUCAUAGUAGGGUCAGACAUCAGUCGAUGCCCCAACACCCCUAGACCAGCAUGUCGUGGAUACUUGCAUAAACGCACUCAGUCAGGACUUCUAAAGGGCUGGAGAAAGAGAUGGUUUGUUUUAAAACACAACGGUUUAUUCUACUAUUACAAGAACAAAAAGGAUGAAGGAAAGCGCCGACCACUGGAUGUGAUGAAGCUGGAAGGGGCUGAAGUUGCAGUUGACACAAGCUUGGGAAAACCAUUUGUCUUUAAAUGUAUGCUACAAUCGAGGAACAGAAUGUUGUAUUUCUGUUCAACGUCAAACCAGGAAAUGAAAAGGUGGCUAGAAGCAAUGGAGCGAGCAGUACAUCCUGUUCAUCAGAAUCAUGUCUGGGUGGAUGUGACUCACCACAAUGCCAACCUUCCACCACUGGCCAUCAAGAGCCCAGAUUGCCUUGGUCUUCUUUAUCAAAUAAAUCGGAACAAGGACGUAUGGACUCAACAUUACGGUGUGCUGAAAGAUGCCUGCGUUUAUUUCUAUGCAGGGAUUCGUUCCACACAUGCACAGGGAGGGAUUUACCUACAGGGUUACACAGUUAGUGAGCAGAGCUUUGGGUCAAAGCGUACUGUGAUUGAAGCCAAACCACCUACUGAAGAGUUUAAAACCUUCUAUCUGUGUGCAGAUAAUGCAGCUGACAACAAGCGCUGGAUGAUAGCAUUAAAAGCAUCAAUAAGCAAAUGGUUGCCCUUGCACCAAGCCAUCCACGACUUCAUGACCAACCCCCCAGAACAAACUCGGAUGUGAAGAGAAAUUCUUGUUCAAGUGCGGUUUUCUAUUAAUAAAUAUGAAAGUAGUAAAGCUCUUCUUACACAUAAGGUCAUGGAAAUUGAGAACCCUUUCCCCAAAAAGCAGCUGGGAGUAGGUCAACUGAAAAUUCCAAAACUGUGACUGAACCAAGUCACAGUAAUUGAGCUCAGAUCCAAAUAAGCCCUAGUGUCAUUGAAUGGUGGAACAAGCUCAAGGUCUGAAUGGUCUAGUACAAGGUCAGGAAACGCUCAACAGCAGGUCAUAGCCCAACAGAUUUAUUUGAAAAUACAAGCUUUCAGAGUUUAACUCCUUCUUCAAGUGUGAGUGACAGAGAUAGUAUCAGACACAGCAUUUCUAAGUAAAAGAUCAAAGAGUCACACCAUUGAUGAGAAUGUACUCAACAAACCGAAGAGGCUGUGAAAUCUUUAAUCAGUUAGAACAUAGAACAUAGAACAUUACAGCACAGUACAGGCCCUUCAGCCCUCGAUGUUGUGCCGACCUGUCAUACCGCUCUCAAGCCCAUCUAACCUACACUAUUCCAUGUACGUCCAUAUGCUUGUCCAAUGAUGACUUAAAUGUACCUAAAGUUGGUGAAUCUACUACCGUUGCAGGCAAAGCGUUCCAUUCCCUUACUACUCUCUGAGUAAAGAAACUACCUCUGACAUCUGUCCUAUGUCUUUCACCCCUCAAUUUAAAGCUAUGCCCCUCAUGCUCGCCGUCACCAUCCUAGGAAAAAGGCUCUCCCUAUCCACCCUAUUUAAUGGAUUAAUAUGUAAAUAUAAAUUCCCAAAAUCUUUUGCAGCCAAUGUCCUGAGAGAACUAAACAUUUUAUCAGUGUAAAGAAAAGGUGACAUUUUAGGUCAGGCAAUGCAUAUUAGGUGAAAGGCCAUGUUUAGAAUCUGUGUCUUGCUUGGGAGUCAGACUGGUUUUAUUUCUAAAGCAGGCAUUUAUAAAAUGUCACA